UCCAGUUUUCCCACUGACGGAGGCAGGAUUUUGAUGCCAGUUAAUCAUUUCUGAUCUCUCCACGCUGCCACACUCUACUACACCUUUCAUUUAGAGCAGAAGUCUCCAGUUAAUCCAGACAUGUUGUCCAGGAUUCUCUGCUUGUUUCUUAUGUUUUGGAGUCCCGUUCAUGGCGGGCCCAUGACCAGCCCCCACGCCAACAUAACGGACCAGGAGCUGUUCUGGGGCGCCGACCAGUACGACUUCUCUGUGGUGAUUCCUGCUGCUGGGUUGGAGUGUUUCUGGCACUUUGCUCAUCGUGGAGAAAGAUUCUACCUUAACUUCAUGGUCCAGUGGGUAACGGGAGUCGGCCAUGACAGACAUCUGUCUGUCACUGUCAACGCUCCCAGCAGUCUGUUAGUGUCGACUGUCGAUGAUGCAAAUGGUCAGAUCAACUUUGAGGCUGAGGAAACAGGUUUCUAUCAGAUGUGUUUCAGCAACUUCCACAACCACUUUGGGACCAUGCAGAUCUUCCUCAGCUUUGGUGUUUACUACGACGGCUACCAAGAGCCAGGAAAGAGCAAAGAAGAGGAGGAGAAGAAGAAAGAGGAAGUCAGCAAAGACCUGAACAACACACUGAGCAUCAUAGAGGAUGCGACUCACAAAGUGGAGAACUACGUCUUCCACAUGUUCCGCUACUACAGCUUCGGCCGCAUGAGGAAGAGCGCCGACUACUACCUGCUGCUGUCCAACUCGCAGUACAUCACCUGGUGGUCGACAGCCCUCAGCCUCCUCAUCGUCACCUCCGGGUACCUGCAGCUCCUCUUCCUCAAAAGACUCUUUGUCAGCAAGACGUCCACCGGCGAGGAGGAGAAGCCGCGCUGUUGAUGGUAUCAUUUAAGGUCAGGGGUGUUUAGUCCAGGAGAGACAGGCCAGAAUAAAGCCAACACCAACAGAAAACAUCUAAAUGUCUGUAUGUAUGGUUGACCUGGACCAUUUUUGCUUUCUGGUAUUUCAUUUGUGUCCUUGUAUAUCUUCACACACUACAAUUAAACAUUGCUAUUAGA